AUGAUGAUCCACCUGCAGCACAGCAACUUCAGCACGGAGCAGAGCCCCGGUGCAUUGAGCCAAGCAGGUCACACUGCAGCGGCUGUCUUUCUUGGGUUCAUCCUGGUCCUGGGCUUCCUCGGUAACUUUCUGGUGCUCCUGGUGUUCUCAUGUUUUUCUGUGCUCAGGAUUCUGGCCAACCUACUUCUUGUUAACAUCAGCGACAUGCUUGUUUGCAUCUUUGGGACACCCCUCAGUUUUACUGCCAGUGUGAGGGGCAGGUGGCUGACUGGUUCCUACGGGUGCCAGUGGUAUGGUUUCUGCAACGCGCUUUUUGUGAUUGUAUCUCUGGUGUCUCUGUCUCUCCUGUCUUUUGAGCGGUACUCUGUGCUCCUCUGCAAACUGCAGUCGGACUCCUGUCAGUACCGCAGGGCCUGGCUUGCUGUUGCAGCCUCCUGGCUCUACGCACUGGUGUGGACUCUGCCGCCGCUGCUGGGCUGGAGCAGGUCCGUGCUGGAUGGAUUAACUCACUCAGCCAACCUGAAUUAUUCCAGACCUCAGAGGAAAUUCUCCAGGUGUCUCCUGCACAUGAUCAGGUGCAGCUCAGAAACCCCGCCCAUCCCAGAAAGCCUGAUGCAGCUUAGCAACAGGGAGAUGCGGCAUCAUGCUCCCAACACAUCAACACUGGAACAAAAUACAGUUACUCCCCAGUUCACAUCCAGAGAGCAGCAGGUAGGAGGUGAGAGGUCGAGCCAAAAUGCAGAGUGCCACUGCCAGUUCAACAUGGAGGGAAUGAUGGAUGGUGAAGAAGGAGAACUUCCCUGA